GGUGGAAGUGCCUACUCUGCUGCUGCCCAUGCUCAGGGGAGGGAGCGAGGGAGGGAAGCCUCCCGAGGCGUGCCUCUGCCUCUGCCUCCUCCAGGGACUUCCCGGUUGCUGCUCUCCAGAGCUGCUGGGGAGAAGAUGGCUGCGACCAAGGGCUCCUCUCCCUUCCACCUGAGGUCAGCGGCGGAGGAGGCGGCGCUGGAGCUGCUGCGGGCGAGCGGCCAGUGGGAGAGGCAGCUGGCGGCGGCCGGGAGGCUCAGGGCUGCCGCCUCCUCGGCUCCUCAGCCCCGCCGCCGGGGCCCCAAGGCAGAAGCCAAGGCAGAAGCCAAGGCAGCAGCAGAGGGGCCAGGCAUGGCCCUCGGGGCCAGAGAAGACUAUGGGAAUCUACUUGUGGCGGAGGCCCUGCUGGAGAUUUGCUUAAAAGAGAACCUUGCCAAAAUUAAGGACGCCAUCCCAUUAAUGGAAAAAAAUGAGCCCAAAAUGAGCGACGCUAAAAAGAACUUGACUGGUAUUCUCAGCCGAGGGAAGUUGCUGCCAAAAGAUAUGGUGGAAGCCAUGUUGAUCCUGGCGAAGCUUCAUUAUGUUGAGGGAUCUUAUAAGGAUGCUCUCAGCAUGUAUGCAAGAGCUGGCCUUGAGGACAUUGUUGUAGAAAAGAAGCCGUUGUACAUGCUGCGUCUGCUGACUGAAGCUUUUGUUAUUAAAGGCUUGGCACUGGAACGCUCAUCCAAUUCUAUCGCUUCCCGAGUCCGGCUGUCAGAAAGAGAGGAGGAAGUCAUGGCUUGCUUUGAAAAAGCAUGUGUGAUUGCUCAAGUGUUUCUCCAAGAACUUGAGAAGAGCUUCAGCAACACACAUACAAGAGGCAUAAAGGGUGGCCAUGCACCUCUUUUGGACUUUGAAUUGCCUUACUUUAUGGAAGCUGCCCUGCAGAGUGCCUACGUGGCUCACUUAAAAAGAGGCAACAUCAUUAAAGGAAUACGAAAUCUCCGAGAAUUAUUACGGAGCAUGGAAACGAAGGCUACUCAGAGCUUCCGAAUGACUGCUGCCAAACAGUUGGCAGAAUUGCUCCUCCACUCCUUGAGUGAAGAGUGUUACUGGAGCCCUUUAUCUGAUCCUCUUCCUGAGUUUAUGAACAAAGAGGAUACUUAUUACUUCUGCACCACUCUGCGUCGAAAACUGCUACUACACACUGGAGAUAACAUCUACAGUCCCCACGACAACGUGGAAGAGGCACUCCUCCUCCUCUUGAUCAGUGAAUCCAUGGCAAACCAGGAUGCAGUAAUUAGCCGGGCUCCUGACCAGAAAGAUGAUCGAGCUGUGAGUCUCCGGGAUGCAUCAGCAGUUUAUGAUCUUCUAACUAUCACAUUGGGCAGAAGAGGGCAGUAUGUCAUGCUUUCUGAGUGUUUAGAGCGAGCAAUGAAACUUGCUUUUGGUGAAUUUCAUCUCUGGUACCAGCUGGCACUUUCCAUGGCAGCUUGUGGCAAGUCCGCACACGCUGUCUCGGUGCUCAGAGAAUGUGCUAAGCUGCGUCCUACAGAUCCCACUGUCCCUCUCCUGGCUGCCAAGGUCUGCAUUGGGCGUCUGCACUGGUUGGAGGAAGCAGAGCAUUUUGCCAAGAUGGUGAUUGACCUUGGAGAAGAAGCUGGGGAGUCCCUAGCUAAGGGCUACUUGGCCUUGGGCCUGACAUACAGCCUUCAAGCCACUGAUGCUACCUUGAAAAGCACACAAAACGACUUGCAUCGGAAAGCACUCAGGACACUGGAAAGAGCACAUGAUUUGGCACCUGAAGACCACCAAAUUAUCCUUUAUGUCUCACUGCAACUUGCUCUUGUCCGGCAGAUUUGUGAUGCAAUAGAACACCUCCAAGAAGCACUGAAACUCUGCAAGGAUGAUAUGAAUUCUCUUCAUUUGCUGGCCCUCCUUUUUUCAUCCCAAAAACACUAUCAGCAUGCUUUGGAUGUGAUCAACAUGGCUCUUGCAGAGUAUCCAGACUGCUUUAGUUUACUCUUCACCAAAGUCAAGCUGGAAUUUGUGCAUAAAGGACCAGAAGAGGCCUUAGUGACCUGCAGACAUAUGUUGCAUCAGUGGCAAACAUUGAAUAAUAUUUCACAACACAGUGAGGAGGAAGAGCACCAGCAGACAUACCACGCUGGCAGUAGGAAAGGGGGAGUGAAUGAUGAUUCAGAGAAAGCAAGCACCCUGACGGAGACACUGCCAGUCAAGAAGCAUAAUAGCAUGUAUCUCACUCUCCCUGAUGCCCAUGAUACUGAUUCUGGUUCUCAGCGAGCCUCUUCCAUCGCAGCUUCCCGGCUGGAACAAGCCAUGUCUGAAGUAACCAUGCCCAGUUGUGCCUUGAAGCAAGGGCCUAUGCAGCUGUGGACUACUCUAGAACAGAUUUGGUUGCAGGCUGCUGAACUCUUCAUGGAACAACAGCAUCUCAAAGAAGCGGGCUUCUGUAUCCAGGAGGCAGCCAGUCUCUUUCCUACAUCUCAUACUGUGCUGUACAUGCGGGGGCGGCUUGCAGAGAUGAAUGGCAGCUUGGAGGAAGCAAAGCAGUUGUAUGAUGAAGCGCUAACAGUGAAUCCAAGCGGAGUGGAAAUCAUGAACUCCUUGGGACUGGUACUGAACAGGCUUGGGCGAAGAGACUUGGCUCAGAAGGUUCUGCAGGAUGCAGUCCAGGUACAGAGCACCAGCCACAAAGCCUGGAACAGCCUCGGAGAAGUACUUCAAGCUCAGGGAAAGAACGAAGCUGCUGUUGAGUGCUUCCUGACUGCACUGGACCUUGAAUCCAGCAGCCCUGUCAUCCCAUUUACAGUUAUUCCCAGGGAACUGUGAUGAUAAUUUUAACAUCACAGAUGUGCAUUCUAUGGUGAUAGUUCCAAUAGCAUACCCAUGAGAUAAGCAAUCAGUUUACAGUGCAAUAAAUAUAUAGACAUGAUUCAUUUGUUGCCCAUAAUUCAGAGAUGUUUGUUAAAGAAAGAGGUUCAGUUUCAGGGAUAUUCCAUUUUACUGGCACACAGACUUCAAGAGAGAUUACCACCAGGCAAAUGUGAUUUUUCCCUACCUGCUGGGGUUCCUGUAAUUUGCAGUGGUGUGACCUACCUUUACAAUGUGUCUCUGUACAUAGGCCACCAGAAAUGGAUGGCAGUCUAGGAGGGACUAUUCUAGCAUUGCUGCCUGACUGCGUUUGCAAAUAUUUGGUGGUGAGUGUGGGAACUUUACCUAGCACUUGGCUAAUCAAAGUUAGGGAUGUAUAUGUUUGCUAAGUUUUCUACCCACUUAAUGAGAUGAUAAGAUUUUUGAGUAUUUGCUGAGGAUUUUUGCAUUUUGUGACUUCAUAAAAAUGCACAUGUGGGGGAAAACAUUGAUAUUAUUAUUAUUAUUAUUAUUAUUAUUAUUUGGUGAGGGAAGGAUUUUUACACACAAAAUUAUACCUUCUACACAAAAAAUAUUUUUUCAAUAAGAAUAAUAGUUUUACACACACUCAAGGAUUUUGUACACAAUACACUGUGGAGAAAUGAAUUUUUCAUAAAAAGUCCCAAAUUGUGAAGAUUCUCAUAGUGCAUGACAAUUUCCCACCUUGGUAUUUCAUCAAAGAUGAAAAUAUUAGCAAGUAUUCUUUGUUACAUCCCUAGUCAAAGUAUUUGGUUGAAUGGGUUGAAUUAAAGCUCAGUGUGCUUUAACUUUCACAAGCCUAGCUUGCAAUGUGGUUGUGCACAUUUUUGGUAUUAUUGAGUCCCAAUUUGGGGAUAAAGGUAGCGUGUGAAUGAUGAUGAUGGUGGUGGUGGUGGUGGUGGUGAUGAUGAUGAUGAUAGCAAUAAUAAUGCCUGUUGCAUCACUGACAAUGAUAAACACAUUGCAUCUGAGGAAGCAGAGCUAGUCUACGAAAGCUUAUGCUACCAACUUCUUUCUCUCUCAAUUAGUCUGAAAGGGCUACAAGAUCCCUUUGCCUGCUGAUCCAUAUUAACACAGCUAUUCCUUUGAAUGGUCAAGAUGUCUUCCUCUAAGAAUGCAUUAUGGUACUCUAAUACUCUUAAUAGCUUAGCCUGCAAAAAAUGUCUGCACGAGAUCUGAAAAUGACUUCUGAAGAUUUGGUUUGGAGAAUAAAAUAUUUGGCUGGCAUCCUGUUGCUGAAUUGUGAUGCAUAAGUCAGACUCACUUUUGGGGUCAUUUUAGAGGUUGGAAUUCUGUUCUGACCACACAGUGACCAAAAUCCCCUCCCAACUUGCCUUGUAAGCAGUGCACCCUCUCUUCCCCAACAUGGUCAUUUCCAUGUUGUAGCCAAGGAUCUGAUUAGGGGAAUUUUAUUAUUAUUGUUAUUAGCUCAGUAGUGCAAGAGGGGGCCUGCUACGACAGCCCUGCAGAAUCUCCUCCCGUUGUGUAUACGGAGAAGACCAGGAAAUGCCAAUAAAUGGAGCUGAGACAGAUAUAAUAACUAGAUGUUCAAUUUAUUGAAAUAGGGGGAAACACAUUCAAUGCGCUUGCACACACACACUCAUACAAGGCUCAGGAAAAUCAGAGAUUAGCAUGGAAUAGAAUUUCAGGCUUCACUAGGGUGAUACGUACCAGAAUGUAGACUCCCUCUGGGAAUCGAAUGAGAUGCGUGGUGAUGAGACAAUUCUGCUCUGCAACGUGGGUUUGAGCAGAAAUGCUGGCGUCCAAAGCAGAGGUCUGACUGAUGUGGAGUAUAGAGACCUUUCAAAUGGCGCGCUGACUAGCAAAAGUCAGGGCUUUUUAUAGGGCAAAAAUCUUGCCUCUGGCAAAGGUGUUUAAUUACUUUCUUUUCACCUGGAUGUCCCUGUCUGAUUGUCUUAGUGGUCUUAAGCUGCUCGGACAACAGACCCGGAUAGGGGGUAAGAGCCUCAGGGAAGGCAAACAUUUGCUCUUCCUGGACCUAUGAUAAUCCUCUUAUGCGACUCCCUAGACUAUCUAGAAAUGGUAAUGACGGUGUCCCCUCAGGGGUGGUGUACAUGUCCUCACAAUUUGCUCUUAAUGGCAGACAGACUACCAGAAUUCAUCUAGGGGUCAUUAAGAGCUAUCAUUUAUACCAAAAUUUAUAUGGAGCAGCCCGGGUAACAAUGUUGUUAGAAAAGCAAAGGAAUCAGUGGGGCCACAUCCAUCUUUUGCCUUUAGUUUGACAUGCUGGAAGGACAUCAUUUGCAAGGACCUCUUGAGUACUCACAGGGUACCUGUGGAUGCCUGGUGCAGCACAUCUAACUACAGGAAAAUAAUUGGAGGUACCCUGCUGAUUCCCUGCUCUCUAACAAUACAGAAGGGGCCAUGUUGAAGGGGUUAUGCUGCUUACAAGUUGGAUUUGGAGGUUCAGGAGAUGUAACUAUGGAGGUGUUGCUGCAUGAUUCAUGUACAUCUCCUGAUCUUAGCCUUUGUCAAGCUUUUGCUUGGCAGUUUGAGUAGGGCUCAUUGCCAAAUACCUUCUUAGCUUGAUGUUAAGCCAGAGACAACAUUUGUUGACAUUUAAAAAAAUAUUCCACUUCCCAACUUUAUUCACAUAAUUUAAUGGAGUAAAUUCAUUGUAAACAGAUGAUACUCUUGAGGUCAAUAAUGCUCCCACCCAGUGGAAUAUAAUUAAACACUUGCUUCUGAAUGUUUCAAACAGAGGGAGUGAUGGUUCUAAUAAAAUAAUGUUUGGGGUUUA